AUGGUUCAAGUUCAGUCAUUACAUGGCUUAAUAAUUUUUCUAGCUCCGCCACUGUUUGUAAUGGAUAGUUGUAGACAUAUUGAACAAACCUUGAAACGGAGAAGAUGGAGAUCAAUCACUUCAAAGAUUUUUCUAGACAAGAAAAAUUCUAAGUAUGCCAAAAACAUUCAACCUUCCUUAAGAGUAUGGGCUAAAAUCAUCCUGGGAUGCAUUUGUCAGAAGCCAUCAACCAAAACUUUGGACAAUAUUAAUGUGAAUGAGAAGGUUAUUGCUUGUAAAAUAAUCCUUGCCAAAGACUUCCCAACUUUCUACUUGGCAAGGUUUCCUGAAAUUAAUCCUUCCAUUAUUAAACCUGUGUUUGCCCUCAAAGCUGACUAUUCUGAUCCUGUUGUCAAGAAGAAAAGAAAGCUCUCUAAGAAAUAUAUCUAUGAUGAUGCUUUUAAACUAUCAAAGAAGUUGAAGACCAUCUUCUCAAAAGAAGCCUCUAAAUUUUGUCCAAAAAAUCAGAACAACUUUGUGUACGGAUGCUUCUGA